CAUGUCGGUAGAGUUGUGAACAUAUGUUUCUGAGUUUUGUGUUCAUUCCCCCUGUUAUUUUCUUGAUCUGAUGCAACAACAUUGUGCAUAACGGAAAUAAAAUUCUACAGACAUAUUUGAAACUCUACAUUUGUUUGGUGAUAGAUAAUGUAUUAGAUUUUUGACAGAUGUUUAUGACAUUAUUUGACAACGAAGAAUCUUAUUGCGAAAAGGAACAAUAUUUGCAGCAAUUCAAUCAUUGGUUCUAACGACUAGCAGCCAAACAUGUCGCAGAAGCUAGAUGGAAAGCCAAAUGUGUCGCAAAAGACAAGAGAGGAGAUUAAGGCAGAACGCGAAGCAAAGAAGGCUGCUAAGGCUGCUGCCAAAGCGGUAAAAGGGAAAAGUAAUGUGACGGUAGAAGAAAAAAUAGACAACAAUGUCACGAAUGUAGCUUCAGUGUCCAGUUGUAAAAUUCCACAAAAAAACGUGAAAACAGAGGCAGCAAAGGAAAUAAAUAGUAAAGCAGCAGAUAAAUCUAUAGAAACAUGUAACAAUAUCAAUAAUGAACACAUGGUAGUUGAUUGCAAGAAUCCAGAAGUGGAUAUAAAGACAGUUUUAAAAGCACGUGUAAAAAACUUGCGAUUUGCAGAAGUAUCUAAGGCAAAUACGAUUGAAUCUACAAACGUUGCUGUGCAGAAUGGCACAUCUGAAGAUAACUGCGAAGGAAAGAGCAAAGCUGAAUUACGUGCAGAACGAAGAGCUAAGCAAGAGGCUCAGAGAGCUGCAAAGCAGCAGCAACAAUUGACGAAGGAUAAAGCAAAAGCUGACGAACCUGUUAAACCAUGUGUAGAGACAACAUCUGAGUGUUUAGUGAAGAAAAGUGUUGCAAAAAGUGUAACAAAGGAGGACACGCAUGAAAUUAAUUUAUUUAAACAUUUAAACUAUGAAAGAGAGCUUUCGUUGAUCAACAUAGCUAUUGUUAAUUCAAAUAUACAUCCAGCGAUAGUUAGGCUGGGUGUUCAGUACAAAAGUAAAGUUAUUGUUGGCAGUAAUGCGAGAUGUGUUGCACUUCUGGCUGCUAUUAAAUGCGUGGUCAAAGAUUUUGAGAAACCAGCACAGGCUGAUUUUAUUCGAGGUUUGGAGGCUAGUUUACAAGAAUCUUUAGCAUACCUGCGACGUUGUAGACCAUUGGCAGUCUCAAUGCAUAAUGCAAUGCGUCAUCUCAAUUGGCAAAUGACGCAAUUUUCACCUACGUUGUCAGAUGAAGAAGCAAAAAAUAAGUUACAAGGAGUAAUAGACACCUAUAUUUCGGAACAGAUUCAACUGGCUGACAAAGCGAUAUCCAUAACGAUACAGAGUAAAAUAUCGAAUGGGAACGUUAUUUUAACAUAUGGCUAUUCUUCCUUGAUCCAUAAGAUAUUAGUGGAAGCACAUGCUGCAGGCAAACAAUUUCGUGUAAUUGUGGUCGAUGGUAGGCCAUGGUUAGAAGGAAAAGAACUAUUGAGGCGGUUAGCAAAGCAUGGAAUUGAAUGCUCUUACAUAUUGAUCAAUGCUCUUAGUUUUAUUAUGCCGGAAGUCAGUAAAGUGUUUCUCGGCGCCCAUGCAAUAUUGGCCAAUGGAGCUGUAAUGUCAAGAGUAGGAACUGCACAGGUAGCUCUUAUGGCAAAAGCCUUCAAUGUGCCUGUUUUAGUAGCAUGCGAGACACACAAAUCAUGUGAACGAGUGCAAACUGAUUCCAUCGUUUAUAAUGAAUUAGGUAAUGCGGACGACCUCGUAAAUCAUCCAUCAAACAAUAAUUCGAAAAAGUCUCUGCUGUCGAAUUGGCGAACAAAGAAAUCGUUAAAUCUUUUAAAUAUUACAUAUGAUGUGACACCGGCUGAUCUUGUUACAGCCGUUGUCACAGAAUUAGCGAUUUUGCCAUGCACCAGUGUUCCUGUGAUUUUACGAAUUAAACCUUCCGAGAUUUAAGUCGGGGUUUAAUACAGGGAACAUGCAAUGCAAUUAAUAUUAAUUGUAAAAAAUAAAAAAAUGUGUUUCUGAUGAGA